AGAACUGUCCCCCCCCUGCUUUACUUUACUGAUGCUGUCAAAUUGACGUCCUGUGUAAAAUAGGCGCACGUGUUUGUAAUUGAAGAAAUUUAUGAAAUAAUAUAAAAGGAUAACUAUUUUGAAUCGUUAUCAUGGCUGUUAUGCAAAGAAUAAAGAAACCAACAACACGUAAAGGUAAAAAAGUAUUACUUUCCAAGGAGCCUAAACCCGUCGAAGGACCUAAACAAUGUAUAGUGAUGCAAGGACGCAAUCCUUCAGAACGCACCAGGAAGAUUCUAAAGGAUAUUUAUGAUUUGAAGAAACCUGAUGCAGCAUACUUAACUCGUAAAAAUGAUUUUGUACCAUUUGAAGAUGCUUCACUUAUUGAAAAGUUGUGUGACAAAAAAGAUGCUGCUUUGUUUGGAGUAGGAUCACAUAGUAAAAAGAGGCCACACAAUAUUAUAUUGGGUAGAACCUUUGACUACAAUGUUUUGGACAUGAUAGAACUUGGAGCAGAAAACUUUAAAUCUAUGUCAGAAUUCCAGAAUAUGAAAAUACUAACAGGCCUUAAACCAUGUCUUCUAUUUAAUGGUCCAUCAUGGGAGUUGAAUGAGGACUUAAAAAGAUUAAAAUCACUAUUUACUGAUUUCUUUCACAGAGAAAAGGUUGAGACAAUUAGGCUACAGGGUCUAGAACAUGCACUAAGUUUCACAGCAACAGAUGAUAAUAUGAUUUACAUUAGAUCCUACAGAAUACAGUUAAAGAAGAGUGGUCAAAGAACACCAAGAGUGGAACUGGAAGAAAUUGGCCCUUCAAUAGAUUUUAAAUUGCGUAGAACAAAGUUAGCAGCAAAUGAUCUUUACAAGGAAGCUUGUAGAGUACCAAAAGAAGCAAAACAGGGUGUCAAAAAGAAUAUUUCAAGGGACGCUUUUGGUUCUAAAUUGGGUAGAAUACACAUGGGUAAGCAGGAUGUUAACAAGUUACAGACACGCAAGAUGAAGGGCUUAAAGAAAACCCCCGAAGAACGCAAACAGAUGCUUUUGAAGAAGAAAGCAAAAAAAGCAGCUACUAAAGUUCCAAUAUCUAAAGAACAAUAAACAGCAGUAAUAACAGUCU